GUUUUGGAGCGUUUUUGAAUUUGUACUUUUCCCUGAUUUCCUUAAUCUUCAUGUGUAUUGAUCUGGAAUCAGUGAUUCAGUCAUGGCUGAUCCAUCGACGAAGACCCGUCUUCCCAUGACACCGGAAACCGUGCUCAAGAAACGAAGACACGCAGCUGCAGCGCAUGCGAAAUCUGUUCGGUCCCAGAUCAAAAAGCGUCAGUCAGCGCAGAACAAGCGGAGAAUCAUUUUUAAGCGCCCGGAGCAGUACAUCAAGGAGUACCGCGCUAAGGAGCGAGAUGAAGUUAGACUAAAGCGCCAAGCCAGCACUGCACAAAACUUCUUCGUACCCGACGAAACGAAGCUGGCAUUCGUGGUACGCAUAAAAGGAAUCAACGGUAUCAGUCCCAAGCCACGGAAAGUCUUACAACUCUUUCGCCUUCGCCAAAUCAACAGUGGAGUUUUUGUGAAAUUGAAUAAAGCCACACUGAGCAUGCUGCGCUUGGCCGAUCCGUACAUCACAUGGGGAUAUCCCAACCUGAAGACCGUCAAGGAUCUCGUGUACAAACGAGGAUUUGCCAAGAUUCAAGGAAAGCGAACGCCGCUGAACGAUAACAGUCUUAUCGAGAAGACUCUGGGACAGCAGAAUAUUCUCUGUACCGAGGACAUUAUUCAUGAAGUCUUCACAGUCGGUCCUGCCUUCAAAGAGGUAACGAACUUUCUCUGGCCGUUCAAACUGAACAAUCCCUCUGGUGGUUGGCGGAAAAAGAAUGCUCAUUUUGUUUCGGGUGGGGAUUUCGGUAAUCGUGAAGAGAAAGUGAAUGUUCUGUUGCGAAAGAUGAUCUAACCGUUUUAUGCGUGAGUUGCCACUCACUGUAUUGAGUUUGUUACAGAUGUUCAGUUUUCGACAUGGUUGAUAUUACUGGAUAAUAAUUGUCAUCGCAGUGAAUUCGUAAUUUCAUGCCAAUGAAAAUUGGAAUGCUGGCAUUUGUCUUGACUAAUGUAACGCAUUCUUUACAACUUAAUUUGCCAGAAUUACGUUGUAAAAAAGUUUGAAAGUUUGAAUAACCACCAC